AUGGUUCUGGAGGAUAAACCCGAAGAUAUUGAUGAUAAGCAAUGGACGCGAAUUAAUCUUCAUGCUUGUGGUGCUAUUCGAUCGUUCCUUGAUAAGGAGUUGAAAUACCCGUAUAUGAAGGAAACUCCUACUAAGGAGUUAUGGAAGAAAUUAGAGGAGAAGUAUAUGACCAAGAACAUAGAAAAUCGGCUCUUCUUGAAGAAACGACUUUUUCGAUUUCAGUAUCGUCCAGCAAACCUUGAUAUGAUAAUUCUUGACGAGGAUAAGACACUAUGUUUGUUAAAUUCAUUGCCUAAUUAUUAUGAUCAUUUGACAACUACUUUGUUGUAUGGAAAAUUCGAGUCACGAGGGAAGUUUCCUGCUAAAGAUGAAUGUGCCUUUUGUCACCAAAAGGGUCAUUGGAAGAAAGAGUGCCCCAAAUUGAAGAACAAAGAGAAUGAGAAAGCGAGUUCUAAAGCAAAUAUUGUAAAAUCUGGAGAUGAUGAUUUCGAGUUUGCUUUAGCUAGUUCAUCUGUUGAUGGUCACUCCAAGGAGUGGAUUUUGGAUUUAGGUUACACCUAUCAUAUGUGUCCCAUUCGGGAAUGGUUUUCUAGCUUCGAGGAGCUAGAUGGUGGAGUUGUUUUGAUGGGCAAUAAUAAUGCCUGCAAAACACAAGGGAUAUGCAAAAUCUAUUUGAAGAUGCAUGAUGGAGCAAUCAGAGAAUUGAGUGAUGCUCGGUGUGUACCGGAUAUGAAAAAGAAUCUCAUUUCAUUGGGUGCUUUGGAAUCCAAGGGUCUCAAAAUCACCAUGGUGGGUAGAGUUCUUAAAGCUGUGUACGGGGCACUAGUGGGGAGUACAGUUAUUGGUGGAGCAGUUGUCACCGAAGCUAUUGACGUAGAUAGCACAGACACCACAAGGUUAUGGCAUAUGCAUUUUAGGCAUGCUAGUGAAAAAGCGUUGCAAGGAUUGGUGAAGCAAGACUUAUUGAAAGGUGCGAAGGCAUGCAAAUUGGAAUUCUGUGAACACUGUGUGCUGGUUUGUCAAGAUGAAGGUAUUGUGAGGCACUUCACGGUUAGGGAGACACCGCAACAGAAUGGGGUGGCGGAGCGCAUGAAUCGUAAUUUGCUUAAGAAAGUUCGGUGUAUGUUGUCUAAUGAUGGUUUAGGCAAGGCGAAAAGCAAGUUGGAUCCAAGAGCAAAGAAAGUUCUAUUUAUGGGAUUUAGCACUGGUGUGAAAGGAUACCGACUCUGGUGUCCAGAUGAGAAGAAAUUUGUUGUAAGCAGAGAUGUGACUUUUGAUAAAGCUGCUAUGGUAAAUCAGAACAAGCAUGAAGGUGAAACUAAAGCGACCAAAACCAUGAGUAGUUCAAAGCAAGUGGAGUUACUGAAGACUCUAGUUGUUCCAGUAAGGUCUGAUGUUACAGACACUAGUCCUAUAGAUGAUUCUAAUGAUGAGGACGAGGAUCAUAAAGAGGAGGCAUCUACCCAAGAGCCUCCAUAA